AUGAACGACUACAUGUAUGACACAGGGGGUUCAUCACAAAUGACAUCCCAAAAUCAAAUGAGAAACGAUAUGCCGGGCUCAUCAUUACAACAGAUUCCACAAUCUUCCCACCAGAUGCCGGGCUCGUCGAACAAUCAGAAGGAACGGUUUGCACGAGAAAAUCAUAGUGAAAUCGAAAGGAGACGAAGAAACAAAAUGACACAUUACAUCAACGAGCUCGCCGAGAUGGUACCUCAAUGUGCGGCUUUAGGUAAGCGUUUUUGAUCAUUUCUUUUUGAUUUUUAGGUUGAAGAAAGAAUGGUUUAGAUAUUUUUGUGGAUGUUGAAUAGGUCUUGUUACCUAAAUUUAAAAAUACUUGAUUUUUUUGGCCAAGUUUAUUUUAUUUUCAAUCCUUUAUUAAAAAAAAACCUCAAAUUUUAGGCCGAAAACCGGACAAACUGACAAUUUUACGAAUGGCCGUGACCCACAUGAAGCAGAUCCGUGAAAUAUCCACCCCAUCCGAUCCAGCCCUCGCCAAUAUCAACAGUUACAAGCCCACCUUCCUUACAGACCAAGAGCUGAAACAUAUGAUCCUAGAGGCGGCCAAUGGCUUUCUCUUCGUUGCAGCGUGUGACAGCGGCCGAAUACUGUACGUAGCUGAUAGUAUACUGCCGGUACUAAACCUGCGACAAGAAGAAUGGCUAGGCCAUUCAAUAUACGACUUGGUGCAUCCGGAUGACAUGGAUAAGGUCAGGGAUCAGUUGUGCGCUUCUGAAGCCAAUUUGAAUCGGACGUUGGACUUGAAGAAUGGUGCGGUUAAGAAGGACCAGCGAGUGGGACCACCUGUUCAUAUGGGUUGUAGGAGGGGAUUCAUAUGCAGAAUGAGAUUGGGUAAGGAUUUUUGGACUUUUAAUUUAAAAUGGCAUAAAAUUGCAUUUUUAAAGAUUUUCUGUUGUGUAAAGAAAGUUAUUGCCAUUUCAGGUAACAUAGAACCCUUGCACAGGCUUCGUAAUCGCCGUCCCUUGUUCACACACAACGGUCAAACCUAUGUUGUUAUGCAUUGUACAGGAUACGUGAAACAAACACCGCCACAGGGCGUGGAACAAACCCACGCUAGUUGUUUGGUUGGUGUGGCUAGGCUGCAGGUGAGGAAAUUUUUUACACCUUUCAAAAUGACCUUUGUUACCUAAAACUGCCAUUUUUUAAAUAAAGUGACGUUAUUUAUAUCCAAAAAUGACAUUUUUUACCACCCCAACCUUCAGGUAGCCUCCAUGCCCACAAUAAAACCGGACGGCAUCGACGGCGAACAGUUCUGCAUGAGGUGGAACGACGAAGGCAAAAUCACGUUUGUCGACCAACGUAUUCAGCAUGUUCUGGAAAUCCAGGCCGACGACCUAACCGGGCAUUACUGUUGGCAGAACGUGCAUCCAGCUGACGAACCUCUAGUCCGAGAAGCCUUCACCCAACUCAUGCAAAACAAUCAGGAAUUCCAGCUGAGGUACAGGUUCGCACGGCCGAACGGCACGUUCGCACAGUGUUCCGUGGAAGCGUACAAGUUCAUGAAUCCAUACUCGGAACAGUUUGAAUAUGUGGUGGCAACGGCACGGUACGGUGAAGCAACGACGAAUAAUGGUCAAGGAGCGAAUCCAAAUCAGAAUGCAACGUUAAAUCAGAAUCCGACGAUAAGCCAGAAUCCGGUUAUCAACCAGAAUCCGACAAUCAAUCAGGCUUCAGCUUUGAACCAGGCCAUCAAUCAAAAUCAAGCUUUUGAGGCGCAGCAAUGGACUCAAAAUCAGUCGGUAUGGUGAUUUUUUGAUUUGCAAAGAAAGUUAUUGCGGCUUUUGGUAUCGUAAAGAAAGUUAUUGCCAUUUUUUGAUUUUUAAAAAAAGUUCUUGUCAUUUUUGGUUUUUUAAAGAAAGUUAUUGCCAUUUUUUGUUUUGUAAAGAAAGUUCUUGCAAUUUCGCGCUAUGUAAAGAAAGUUCUUGUCAUUUUGUCAUUUUAAACAUUUCGAAUUACAGCCGGUCGAACAACAACUCCCCUCCUCCACAAUGGCCUUCCAGCCCCAACUCAACCCGAUGGCUUUGAAUGCGACCGUCCCAACCACGAUGAACUCAGUCGACCCAUGGCUGAACCAAAUCCAGCCUCAGCCAUCGCUCUACCAGAGCUGGAGUCAGGAAACGGCCGAAACCCUUCCAAUCGCUCAAUCUCAAUGGACUUAUUUGAACCAAUAA